GAAAUAAUUUACUAUAUUUCUUAAAAUCGGUUCUGGAUAGAAAGAGAUAGAAAGGAAAUUUUCCCACAACCUUAAAAAAAAAGAAGUAAAUCAUAGUUGCUCUGCAAAUUUUUAUUGAACAGUGAGAAGCAGGGUCAGGAAUUAAUUGUGGCUCAGGGCAAAAAAUGACAUGGAAAAACAAACUUCCUCAGAUAUUUAAAAUGUGGGGGCAAAAUGUUCAGUAGAAAUUAUUUCAAAUAAUUCAACUAAAGUAACUGACAUAUUAAACCUUUGUGUAUUUAAAGAGGUUAGAAAAAAUCAAAUCAGGUGCUCCCUAUCUAAAAAUAUAUAAAACAGAAAAAUAUUACAAACCAGCUGUUAUGCUGUAAAGAUCGUAUUUACAAAUUGAAUGCACAUGAACAGCACAAUGUCAUAAUUAGUGGGAAACCCAGAACUCAGAAAAGUCCAGAGUUGGGACAGUGUCAGUGAGAUAAUAGAGGAAGCAUCUGUAUCUAUUUUAAAUAUGUUUAAAUGAAUGAAAUUAUCAUUAUUUUCAUUCACAAUAAAAGUAUCUAAGUUGCACAAAGAAUACAACAGUAUUGCAUAAUUACAAUAGAAUAUAUUGGUCACACUUUAGUCUGAGGAUCAAUUCUCACUAUUAACUAACUAUUAACCAUGACUUUUGCCUCAUUAAACUCCUAAUUUGUGGUUUUAACCAAUUAAUGGUUAUUAAGGUAGUUAAAUUUAGGUAUGCGGUAUGAUUAAGGGAUCUAAAAUGUGGUCAUACAGAAUAAGGCAUUUUUUAAGUACUAAAAAACAGCCAAUAUGCUAGUAAUAUGAAUAAGCAAUUGGUUAAUAAUGAGAAUUGGUCCCUUAAAUAAAGUAUUACCAUUGAUUCAGUAUAAAGCACCUUCAUGAAUUGAAUAAAACACACACACAGCUAUUUUUUAUUCAUCAUUUUGUAGAAGUAGAGUUUAAUAAAUGCAGAUUUUUUUACUUGCCUCUGACCAAAGUGACUUUCCAACUCAUAAAUGCUGUACAAACUUCCCAGCAGGAUUUAAAUGCAUCCUAAAUUCCUCCAUCUAUUUAGUUAUCGGACUUUGUGUCAUAGUUAAUGCCUUAGUUUGGGCUGCUUAUUUGACAGACCUCAUUAUCAGACACAACCAUGCAUAAGUGUGUAUAAUAAUACAGGCUUAGAGUCCUGUACAUAGCCAAUGUCAUGGCUUUAGGUCAGUCAGUUCUCAUAAAAGCCUGUUGUAUAGAUCAAGCCUACUUCCUGUCUUUAGUCAUUGACCUAUGGUUAAUUCAUCAUAAUUUUCUGUACAGGCUUUGAGUUCAGUCGGCAUGUGGUGUGAAAAUGGAUCCACCUCUGACUCUCUCCCAUUGGAUUAUUCAUAAUUUUUUUUUCUGAAAAGAGGAUGGUCCUAAGGACAAAAACACUCUGUAUAUUCAACAGUCUGAAAACGUCGAUACGAAAUAAUUGUGCCUUCAUGAUGAACACAUUUAUUGUGAUGCAAUUGAUUUUCUUUAAGCGUGGCCACUGCUGCAUCUGUCUGGUUCACACUGACAUGGUUUUUUCCACGUGAGGGUUCAUUUGUCAAUGUUCUGGGUCGAGUCAAAAGAGGACGAACCCAUCAGGGAUAGAUUUCAUUUUGUUUAUACAGAAAGGGCAUGUGGAUUAUGUACCAUAUGAAGCUCGGCCUGUAACAGAUUGCCCUGGCGGGUAACUUCGCGUGAACGGACAAAAUGCAGCACUUACAUGGUAAGAGAGAGUUUAUUAUAUAACAUACCGUACAGUGCAGUGUCUCUCAGUUAAGGUCAGAUAUGGAGACCCCAACAGUGACGUAGGAGGAGCUUCCACACGUGAUGACAGUGUUUCUUUAAACAUGUUUGGAAAAUUUACAGCAAGAAACCUGCAGAAACUUUGAUACAAUGACCAAAAAUGCAUCAUCUGCUAGUCAUUCCAAUAAUGGACACAAAAAUUGGUGAAUGAAAAGCAACAAAAACUUUCAUUUUGGAAAAGAUUUCCAGCGGGAUUAUGCUGAUUAAGAGCAAGACUACACAAGGAUUUUUAAUCGCAUCAGGAUGGGAAAUUUGCAAAAAAAAAAGCUUAUUUUUGCCUGAACUCACAAACCAGAGUCUUUUAAAGGUUUAAUAUCUGUUAUAUUGUGAUUUUUAUUUAUUUAUUUAUUUUUUUUGGAUGGAUGUUCUUAUGAAGCUACUUCAUAUUUUGGAUACCAGGAAUUUGCGUUACAGGAUUUGCUUUCAUGAGUGGAUGAUGUUAUUGUUCUGUUAUUUUUCGACGUGAAGACCUGAAGUCCAGUUUGUGGAACUCUACCACCAACUCUGAGCGGAUGAAAGCUUUAAACCGAUUCCCAUCAUUCAAUUUAAACCUGCGUCGACCCAGACGAUCCAGUCACUCCACAGCAGCCUGCAACAUCGAGCUUGUUGCUCCAAGGGUGAAGGAGCGCACACAGAACGUGACAGAGAAGGUCACGCAGGUACUGUCUCUAGGUGCCGAUGUUUUGCCUGAGUACAAGAUCCAGGCUCUGGACGUCCACAAGUGGAUCAUGUUGCACUACAGUCCUUUCAAAGCCAUGUGGGACUGGAUCAUUCUUCUGCUAGUGCUCUACACAGCCGUCUUCACUCCGUACUCGGCUGCUUUCUUCCUCAAUGAGCUGGAGGAGGAGAAGAAACACAUCUGUGGUUACACCUGUAACCCUUUAAAUGUAGUAGACGUGAUAGUGGACGUUCUGUUUAUCAUAGACAUCAUUAUUACCUUCAGGACGACAUACGUGAAUCAUAAUGAUGAGGUGGUGACCCAUCCCAAGCUCAUCGCUAUCCACUAUAUCAAAGGCUGGUUUCUCAUCGACAUGGUGGCCGCAAUUCCAUUUGAUCUGCUCAUCUUCAUGUCUGGAUUAAAUGAGACGACGGCCACUCUCAUUGGUCUGCUGAAGACAGCCCGUCUAUUGCGCUUGGUCCGGGUGGCCAGAAAAUUAGAUCGAUACUCUGAGUAUGGAGCUGCAGUCCUCUUCUUGCUAAUGUGCACCUUCAUGCUGAUUGCUCAUUGGUUGGCCUGCAUCUGGUAUGCCAUUGGUCAUGUGGAGAGGCCCUACAUGAAGACAGGUUGGCUGGAUAACCUGGCUGAUCAACUGGGGAAACAUUACAACGACAGUGAUGCCAGCUCAGGACCCUCUAUUCAGGAUAAAUACAUCACUGCGCUCUAUUUCACCUUCAGUAGUCUGACCAGCGUGGGCUUUGGGAAUGUCUCUCCAAACACCAACUCGGAGAAGAUUUUCUCCAUUUGUGUCAUGCUCAUUGGAUCUCUCAUGUAUGCCAGCAUUUUUGGGAAUGUCUCAGCAAUAAUUCAGAGGCUUUAUUCGGGAACAACACGCUAUCACACCCAGAUGUUGCGGGUUAAAGAGUUCAUCCGCUUCCAUCAGAUACCUGGAGAACUGAGGCAGAGACUGGAGGAAUAUUUCCAACAUGCCUGGUCCUACACCAAUGGCAUUAAUAUGAAUGCAGUCCUGAAAGGUUUUCCUGAGUGUUUGCAAGCUGAUAUUUGCCUGCAUCUGAAUCGUAGUCUGCUGCAGAAUUGUAAGGUGUUUCAUGGGGCAAGUAAAGCGUGCCUGCGAGCUCUCGCCACACGCUUUAAAACCACCCACUCCCCACCUGGAGACACCCUCUAUCACCAUGGUGACGUGAUCAAAGCCCUCCACUUCAUCUCCCGAGGUUCCAUUCAAGUGUCACAACAUAACAUUGUGCUGGCCAUCCUGGGUAAGAAUGAUGUCUUUGGCGAGCCUAUAAAUCUGUAUGCUGAUCAUGGUCACAGUAACGCUGAUGUUACUGCACUUACCUACUGUGACCUUCACCGUAUCCAAAGAGACGACCUUCUAGAGGUGCUGGACACAUACCCUGCAUUCGGCGAGAGCUUUUGGAGGAACCUAGAAAUCACCUUUAACCUACGAGACACGGAACAGAUGAUGCCCAGUGAAAAUUUGGACUGUGGAUACCAUGUGAAUGACAUACGACACCGCCAAAACUCACUAGACAGGCGCAACAGACCAGACGGAAUGGACCAGAAUGACUCGUACCCAUCUCGGAUGUGUUCGGCUCUGGGUCGCAAUCAUUCUUCAGCCGCUCACAUGCACUGGGAGGAGCUGUGUAGCUGUGGAAGGUCUACAUUGCAGUCCAGCGAAAAUCUCAGCAAGUCUCCCAUCAGCCACUGUGAGCUGUACACUUUGGAUGCAGAUCAUCUGGACUACCCUUCUCCUGUUGUGAGACUAAUACCAACUUGUGGUGCCUCUGGGGUCAGCAGAGAGCCCAGCAUGGAUACGGGGCACUUGGGUGCUCCCCCUCCAUCUGGAUUGUACCAUUACUGGCCUGAUCACCAGGCAGCUCAUUUCGCUGAACAGACUGAACAGUGCUCCCUAUCUGUCCGGACCUCAUUCUCACCACUGCUCUUUGAGCAUCAACCCAGUGAACUUGAGUCCAGACUGGAGCUCCUGCAGAGCCAACUCAGCAGGCUGGAGACCAGAAUGACAACAGACAUCAAUGUGAUCCUUCAGCUUCUCCAGCGACAGAUUGCUCCGGUGCCCCCAGCGUAUAGCACCGUAUUACCUGACAGCCACACUCCUGACCCUGCUAUACUGUACGGAAGCAGUGCACCAGUACUUCACAUCAUGUACCCGAUCCCAAACAUUCAGCUGGACAGUAGAAACACUGCCAUUCAGAGUUCAGCCCAGCCAGAUUCCAUAUUCAAGUCAAAUUCCCAGGGUUCUCUGUCCAGUGGUGUUCACAUGGGAGCUGCAUCAGAUGACUGUGUACCCAAUAAACUGGAAACUUCACCUCCAGUGCAUCAGCCCAUACGGAUAGAUGCACCACGCCUCUGUGCAUCCCUCCGCUUUCCCUCAUUGCCCGGCAACCUUGACUCUUCAUCACACCUGGAAGAAAUUCCAAAAUACACGUCUGACCCUGCCUUACCAGUCAACUAAAACCACAACACACCAUCAAUCGGCUAAUCAUAGCAGAACAAUGAGAACACAUGAUCAAAACACAAUCGAUAAAUAAAUACCCUACUGAUGCUAAGAAUACCAAGCAAUCUGACCAUCUUGGUAAACUGUUGCAGUCCAUAAUUUAGGACAGGCCUAAACUAGCACUAAAGCAGCCUAGAACAGCAUAAAAUCUCAAGCGGGGUUUUUUUUUUACGGUUAAACAAACUUUUAAAUACAAACACUAGAGGACAAAAUCCUACAAAAGCUGCAACUUAAGCAUGUCAAACCAUCAAAAGAUGAAUGUGAGUGACCAUCAAUGACAUGUUCUACAUGCAGUGAGACUCAGGAAACAGGCACAAUACAGGAGCUGAUAUACUUUUGUAAUGAUACAGCAAACCUAACCAAAGAAUGCCUCUGAAGGUCUGGAAUAUUGUCUGUUUACUAU